AGUUAUAUUGAUAAUAAUAACACGUGACAAUAAAUUCCAAGUACAUAAUAAUAUAAUAUUAAAUUAUUUCUAGUUUAAAUCAAAUUCAGUUAAAAGAAAUCUUCAAAUUGUAAGACGUGGAAUGGCAUCAUUUGAAACCGAAAGCAACGACAAUAAUAUAAUCAAAAGUAAUAAAAAACGUAAGAACCAAAAUGUUGAUAAGAGUAAAAAAAAAAAAAAACUUCAAGAAGUUGUUGAAAUAGAUGAAGACUUAAAAACUGAAGAGGUAAUAAAAACUAUUAAAAAGAAAAAAAAACACUCAGAAAUAACAGAAGCGGAAAAAGUUGAGGUAACAAUAAAUAAUGAUGUUGAAAGUUCAAAAAUUACUGAAACCAGUGACAAAGUUAAGCCGUCUAAAGUACGACAGUUGCCUACUGUCUCCAUAGCUGUGCCCGGGUCCAUUUUAGAUAAUGCACAAUCUCCAGAAUUCAGAACGUAUCUGGCCGGACAAAUUGCAAGAGCUGCAUGUAUUUAUAAAAUUGAUGAGAUCAUAGUUUUUGAUGAUGUGGGAGAACAGACUAAUGUAAUGGUUUCCAAUAAAAAAACUGAAGGUGGUUCAAAGACAUGCAAACAAUUGGCUAUUAUUUUACAAUACCUGGAAUGCCCUCAAUAUUUGAGAAGAAUAUUAUUUCCAAUUCAUAACUUUUUAAAAUACACUGGAGUAUUGAAUCCACUAGAUGCACCUCAUCAUUUUAGACAAGAAGACAAUGUUCCAUUUCGAGAAGGAGUGGUGUCGACACUUCCACCAAAAAAAGGUAAAGGCUGUAAUGUCGAUGUUGGUCUUAGAAAACAUGUACUAGUUGACAAAUGUCUUCAGCCAUUUGUACGAGUUACUGUCAAACUAAUACCAAACUCAGAUGACUCUAAACGUCAAAAAGGUAUUGUUGUCGCCCCGAGUACUCCCAAAAAUGAAUCUGGUAUUUACUGGGGUUACACAGUAAGGAAUGCUGAAUCGAUAAAUGAAGUAUUUACCAAGUGCCCAUAUCCUGGUGGAUAUGAUUUAAAAAUUGGUACAUCUGAUAAAGGCAUUGAUAUUGAUCAAACAGAUCAUUCUCAACUUAGCAGUUUUAAACAUGCAUUGAUUUGUUUUGGAGGGGUUCACGGACUUGAAGCUGCAUUAGAAGCUGAUCAAAGUAUUGAUGAAGAAAAUCCAUCUACUUUAUUUGACAUUUAUUUAAAUACAUGUCCUAAUCAAGGUUCUAGAACUAUUAGAACUGAGGAAGCUGUUUUAAUCACAUUAGCAGAAUUGCGUUCAAAAAUGAAACUUGGAUAAAUUAUUUACAUAAAUGUUUUUGAUUCUUUAAACCUUAAAUAAAUAUAUGGUUUUCUUUAUAUUCAUUGAAAA